AUUUUUUAUAAGAUUUAUACCGACCAACGUACCAAAAAAUUAAUGGCAUUUGUAUAUAUUGAAAAGCCUCCAACAGGUCUUAUUGAGCUCUCAGAGCACCAGGAAUCAACUCCAAGGACCUUUUCUUCUAACGUUCUUCAUUUUUUCUCAAAAGAAGCGGCUUUUAAAGCCUUUCCAGCGAUUGGAUUAUCUGAACAUGUUGAUGUCUAUAUAACCUCUCAAUCGUUUGUAAUUUUUUCGCCAAGUAUUUCAAGGGGACUUGAGAUUCCUUAUACAAAAAUAAUUCUCCAUGCAAUUAAUAGAACGCCUCAUGAAGUCUUUGAUACGUCAUGUAUCUACAUGCAGAUAGAGGAUCUGAAUAAUCUUUCAUUGAAGGAAAAUGGUACGAACGGCACUGUUCCAAAAUCGGAUGCAAAUAUGGCAGAAUUGUACAUUUCUCCAUCAGAUUCAUCAACACUUCAUGACUUUUAUACAGCUUUAUCAAAUUGUUCUUCACUUCAUCCAUCAGUAGAACAAAAUUCAGGAGGAGAUAUAGAUAUAUUUAGCGAAAAUCAUCAAUGGAUUACAGAAACAAAUGAAUCAGAAAGUUUACAAAGCUCUGCAGGUGAAGUACAUGAAAUAGAGGAUAAAAGGGAAAACGAAGCCAAGUGGAGAUGUACAGAGUAAUCUAAAAUGUUUACAAUACUAUUAGUUACAAUAUUUAAAGUAUAAC